UCUGACUUCCUGCCCCGGGGCCUCAGGCUUUGGACACGCGCCAGGGAGGCGUCGCCCGGCCGCGUCGGAGCCGCUUCCUGGGCGCCGUGGGCGCGGGCUGCGCCGGCUGCGCGGUUGCAGAGAAGCGCGAGGCGCGGGCACUGCGCACCUGGGGUGGCCCUGGCGCGUGGGCGGCGACAUGGAGGACGGAGUGCUCAAGGAGGGCUUCCUGGUCAAGAGGGGCCACAUUGUCCACAACUGGAAGGCGCGAUGGUUCAUCCUUCGGCAGAACACGCUGGUGUACUACAAGCUUGAGGGGGGUCGGAGAGUGAACCCUCCCAAGGGCCGGAUCCUCCUGGAUGGCUGCACCAUCACCUGCCCCUGCCUGGACUAUGAAAACCGACCACUCCUCAUUAAGCUGAAGACUCAAACGUCCACAGAGUACUUCCUGGAGGCCAGUUCUCGAGAGGAGCGGGACGCCUGGGCCUUUGAGAUAACCGGGGCUAUUCAUGCAGGGCAGCCGGGGAAGGUCCAGCAGCUGCACAGCCUGAGAAACUCCUUCAAGCUGCCCCCACACAUCAGCUUGCAUCAAAUUGUGGACAAGAUGCACAACAGCAGCAGCGGAAUCCGUUCAAGCCCCAACAUGGAGCAGGGAAGCACCUACAAAAAGACCUUCCUUGGUUCCUCCCUGGUGGACUGGCUUAUUUCCAACAGCUUUGCGGCCAGCCGUCUGGAGGGGGUGACCCUGGCCUCCAUGCUCAUGGAGGAGAACUUCCUCAGCCCGGUGGGUGUCCGGAGCAUGGGAGCCAUUCGCUCUGGGGACCUGGCCGAGCAGUUCUUGGAUGACUCCACGGCCCUGUAUACUUUCGCUGAGAGCUACAAAAAGAAGAUAAGCCCUAAGGAAGAAAUCAGCCUGAGCACUGUGGAGCUAAGUGGCAUGGUGGUGAAACAAGGCUACCUGGCCAAGCAGGGGCACAAGAGGAAAAACUGGAAGGUUCGUCGCUUUGUUCUGAGGAAGGAUCCAGCUUUCCUGCAUUACUACGACCCUUCCAAAGAAGAGAACAGGCCAGUGGGUGGGUUUUCUCUGCGUGGUUCACUUGUGUCUGCUCUGGAGGAUAAUGGCGUUCCCACUGGGGUUAAAGGGAAUGUCCAGGGAAACCUCUUCAAAGUGAUUACUAAGGAUGACAAACACUAUUACAUUCAGGCCAGCAGCAAGGUUGAGCGAGUCGAGUGGAUUGAAGCUAUCAAAAAACUAACAUGACAAGGACCUGAGGGAACCAGGAUUCUUCCCUCCUACCAGAUGACACAGACAGGAUUUCCUGGAGAAUGGGAGUGUGUUUUAAGACUUUUGACUUCUUUGUACGUUUUUUACUUCUUUGGAGGGUGAAUGCUGAAGAGUUCCUCAGAUUACAAACAGCAGUGGUACCAUUUCCUUCCCCAUCUUUACGUUACCAACCUGGAAAGGCUAGAACAGCCGUUAGGUGUCAGCAUCUUGAGUUUUGCCCAGCAUCACAAACGGCCAUUCCCUUGGGCACUAAAAUAGGUUCUCUUUGUUGGAACAAUUACAUUGGCCAUGCCAUAAUGCUGAAUAAAACUCUUCUUAUGCAGUUCUCUCUUAA